AUGUCUCAACCUCAAUUUUCUGAAAACGAUCAACGUGAACUUGGACAAUUUCUUGAAGCCGAACAAGCAAAGGCCCGUGUUCAGCAAACUGUCCACUCCUUCACCGAUACCUGCUGGGAUAAAUGUAUUUUCAAGAUUAAUAACAAGCUUGAUCGCUCUGAGGAAAGCUGUUUAGUAAACUGUGUCGACCGAUUCCUCGAUUCCAGUCUGUUCAUUGUCAAACGAUUGGAAGAAUUAAGAAAUUCCGGCAUGCAAUAG